AAUACGUGUUAUGAUAUGCAUUAUAGAAUUAAAAAUGGAAUCUAAAUCUGUGAUAUACAAGGACGAUAAAGAACUGGAAGAAAUUUGGAUGAAUGGAUUUCAAAAGUGGAUGGAUGAGAGUCGUAAAAGUGUGAGUGUAAAUUCUGAGUAUGAAAAACAGCAAGCCAUAUAUACAGAGUUUGCCUCCCUCUACGAUGAAGCCUUGCGUGUAGAAGCAUGCAUGGGUCCUGUUAGAAUUGCUGAAAAAAUCAACGAGCUGUUUGCUGAAAAUAAAGAAGUGAAAAUACUUGAUUUUGGUUGUGGGACAGGGCUUGUUGCAGAAAAUUUAAAAAAGUUUGGUUUCUUAAAUAUUGACGGAGUUGAUUGCAAUCAAAGCAUGCUAGAUGUUGCUGCUGGUAAAAAUGUUAUGAGUAAAUUAAUUCUUGGUAAAAGUACUGAAGGACUGAAAGAUAUUCCCUCCAAUUCUUACGACAUGGUGUGUUCAGCUGGUGUAUUCUUUUUGUCUUCCUCUCAUCCUGGAACAGAUUGUUUUAAAGAAUUGUGCAGAAUUACCAAGAAAGGAGGAACUUUAAUUAUACUGACUAAGAAUUCAUAUCUUAGUGAACCUUAUGUGAAUUUAGAGACAAUCAGUAAGUUGGAGAAGGAAGGCGUUUUGACAACAUAUCCCAAAGAGUUGUUUGAAGGAUAUAGAAAACCAUUUGAAUUUGAAGCAGACCCAAAAAGUAUGGGGGCUAUUUUGAGAUAUAAAGUUCUUUAAUAGAAAAUAAGCAAUUGCAAUACA